GCAGCCUUUUUGAAGGAAGAACGUCAGCGAUUGAUUCGCGCUGUGCUUGGACCUGCGCCCAAGGAUCCUUCAGACCGGUCUUCCCCAUUGGUGCAGCUGAUGGAUGACAGGUUCGGCAAGUAUGUCGCAAACAGUUUGGUGGAGUACAGUCGCGGCCCUGAGGAGAUGAAAAUCCUCUACAGCCGCAUUUCAUCGGCUCCAGGGAAGAAGGCGAGCAUCGCUUCUCUGCUGGAAAUGCUUGAGAGGCAGCUUCAACAGGCUCAAUACCAGCAGAUGGCACAGCAACAAGUGCUUCAAUUUCAGCCCCUGCGCGCCAAGCAGGGCAGUGCAAAGUGAGCCUUGAACGCUUGAUUGGCG